GCAGUUUUUUUUCUAUGAGAAUUAUUCCCGAAUGAAACAAAGAUUUUAUGCUGCAGUGCAGCUAGCGUUUAAUAAUUUAAUUGGGAAACGCGCUGAUCUCAGGAAAAAUCACUUGGAAAAUCGGUGGCGCUUUCAUACGACUUUUCUCUACCACGAUACUGCGCACGCGCACGCAACAAAUCUGCUUUCCCUUUAAAAGAAUUAUUCGCGCGCGCAAGGUAUUCGUUGCGCAUGCACGUCACUAUUUUAUCCGGUUUCCAUGGUGAAUAAGUAACGGUUUCCAUCAAGACAACAGAUCGAUCGAUUGUUUGCUUUCCGGUACACUCCAUUGUUUGCGAAACAAACAGUUAGUUACGAUUCUUUUGUCAUUGUUUACAACGUUUUGUGGACACAAUGCUUAACUUGACGACAUCAAAGGAAGAAUGCAACGCGUCAGUUAAGGAAACCUCUUCAAUCAAUUGCUCUGUAUCGCAAGAGGAGGAAAAAGGGCGCGAUGAAAACCACACACCGAAGAAGUCUGCGCAAAUGCAAAAUAGCCUACCUAACCAUUCAACACCGAAUGACAAAAGUAAAGUACCUGAAUUUUCGUCUCAAACGUCGCCAGUGCAAAAGACUGAGAGCAUUUCGUUUUCAGCAUCCGAAUCAACUCAACAAUGCAGCCCUGGAGGCUUCACAGGAUUUUCAGUCGAUCCAAUGAGCCAAACCUUUCUGCGCAUGCCACACUUGUACCACAGCUUGCAAGCGCAGUUGCAACAGAACAACUCGCCGAAGGUCAAGAGGCCCAUGAAUGCGUUCAUGAUCUGGGCGAGAUUAUACAGAUCGACGAUUGCGAAGCGAUAUCCGAACGCAAACAAUGCUGAGAUAAGCGUCAAGCUGGGCGAGAUCUGGAAUGAAUUGUCCACGGAACAACAACGGCCAUAUUUUGACGAAGCUUCGCGCUUGAAGGAGAAACACCGAAAUGAACAUCCAAAUUGGGUUUAUCAGCCUAGACCGUCGAAAAGACGCUUGGCAUAUAUGACAAUGGGUAGCCCCGGUGGAAUCCCUUGUAACACUGGUUCUUAUAGCUGUCACCAUCCUUAUAGUCAACAGGCAGACAGAAGUAACACAACGGUAUCUCCUCAGACGAUACGAGAUCGUGCAAACGCAAGGUCACUCUGCUACCAACCAAGAAAUCUUAAAGAUGCAUUCAAUAUGGCGCAGAUAAACCGAGUUCCUGGAACAAACAUGACAGGCACGAGCUUUAAGGCUGCUGUUGACCAGGGGUUUUCCAAUAGUGAUUUCACGAGCGCGGAGAGAAAUGCUACACGCGGCAAAGAAAACGAUCGUGUCCAGUUUUAUAGUAAAAAAGAAGAGGAGCAAGCCGUGGAUUGGCUGAAAGUCGAGGCGGCAAAAUUUGAAGAGGAGCAAAUGGUCGCGAGACGUGCGCGCGAAAACUCCAUUGUUAAUGACGCAAUGCUCCCAACGGUCGAUCACAUGACCGACGAACAGGAACAAGUAGCAAAGAUCAAACAAGAAAUGGACAGCGAUGGUACGGAUCUCGACAGAUACCUCGCUGGACUGGAUGAAACUAUUAAGGAAAGUCUAGAAAAACUCAACGAUGUUCGCGAUGAACUGGAUUUUCUCGAUGAUGGAAGUUUGGACAUAUUAAGUGACUUUGAGGAUACUGACAACGAAUGAAUUGCACAUUUUUAGUUAAAGUCUAUUCCAAAUCAAAACUGAGCCGAAUUAGGGGCGCAACAACAUACUUGAGAAUAUGUGAUUGCCUAAAAUUCAAUAAUAAAGCAAUAUAUACACAUGA